UCUUGAUAAACUUUAUGAUAUAGUUACUAAAAUACAAAAUAAUAAUUGGGAUGAUUCGAGUGAAAUACCAUAUCUUCCUAAUUCUUUACUAAAAAUUAUAAAGAAAGAUAAGAUAAAAGAUAAAGAAGAUUUACUUCAAAAAUUAAAAGAAAUCGAAGACAAGAUUCAAAAAUCAACAGAUAAUGAAAAUAAAUUAAAUAAGAUAAUUCAAAAAUUAGAAGAUAAUGAAAAG